AUGUUUAAUGUGUAUACAUUGAAAGAUAUAAAAAAUAGAGGACAUUGGCUGGGUAGUGCAUAUGAGCAAGAGUUCAAAAAAAAAUUAAAAACUGCUAUCGAUUUUAACUCUGAAAUUAUCGACUUUAAUGAAAAGUUACAGGCUGAAAAUUUGGAGUAUUCAGACCAGUUAAAUGCGUCCAGUGCUAAAGUUAAAUCUCAACUUAUUUCUGAAUGGAAGUCCCAUUCUGAGAGUCAACAUGAGCUUGAAGCUAAAUAUAUUGCCAAAAUCAAAUCGCUUAAAUCUUCUAUUAAAACACUAAAAAGAGAGGCGACUUUGGUCCAGAAAGCUUCAUUCACUAACAAGAUCAAGAUUUUUUCUUUUGAAGCUAAAGUAUAUGAAUUGGAAGAUAAGUUGGAUGACUUAGAACUAGAACAGGUGUUCCAUGAUCCAGAUGCAGUAGGAGGACUUCUAGAAGAGCCAGUCCAAAUAAAUUCAUCUGAUCCCAAAGAGAUCGAUUCUCUCAGGUUUGAAUUAGAACGAGCGAAUGAGAACCUUAGUUCAAAGGAAUAUACAAUAGAAUGUAUAGAAAAAGGGAUAGAGAAAAAUGCUUAUCUUCAAGAAUUACUGUCGAAGAAAGAGCCAAGAGGCACUUCACAUAAUAAAGUAGAUAUUCUACCCCUACCUAUGAAUAAUUUAUCAUGCACAACGCCUUCUAGCAAACCUUCUGCUUUUAAUCCUUCAUCCCAAUAA